GAGGCUGCCGCGGCGCGCGGGCCGGCCCGGCGUGAGCUGCCCACCCGGGAGCACGUCAGGCGGGCGAAGGACGGCGACCACGCGCGGCUCCGCGAGCACGCGGGGCGCACCAUGCUCGAGCCGGCGGGCGAGCCGGCGGCGGGCCGGGAGGAGGAGCCCCCGUCGCCGGAGUGGGCGCGCUUCGCCUUCCAGGCGCGGCACCCGAGGUGGGAGGGGAGGGUCACGCUGACGCGCGACGGCAAGUUCCACCGGGAGAGCGGGCUCCUGCUCCCCGGCGACGCGGGCCGCUGGGCGGCCGAGGGCGGCGUCCUGCACCUCUGCUGGGAGGACUGGGAGCCGGAGGUGCUGCGCAGCGGGGACGGGGGCCUCAGCUUCGCGGACGCAAAGGGCUUCACUCUCACUGCCGAGCGGGUGCCGCAGUGGUUCUCCUCCCUGCUGCGCACGCACGCGCCGCCGGCUGGAGCCCAUGCCCAGCCGCCCUGGCCUCCGCCCGGUGCGCCGGCGGCGCCGACGGACGCCUCGCGCGCGGCGUCGACCAGUCGGACGCAGAGGCCACCGCAAGACGACGACGACGACGACGCGGAGCCCAUCCCUUCCGAAGGGCUGCGCCAGCCGGCGACGCCGCGCUCGCGGCCCGUGGGCCCGCCGUGGCACCCGGCGUGCCCCCUGCCGGCGCCCCCGAAGACGCUGCUCCUGCUGCAGCCGCCCAGGCCCGCCAGGGCGCGCCGGGCCUCUGCGGCGUGGGCCCGGGAGGCCAGCGCCCCGCCCUCGGCGGAGCGCGUGUGCACCGCGGGGGCCACCGCGAGCAGCGGGGCUUCCGCGCCGGCGCCGUGGGAGCUGACGUGCGUCUUCGCCCGCGGCCGCGACGUGGGAACGCUGCCAAGGGCGGCCAAGACGGUGGAGGUGCUCGGGGACAGGCUCCAGGUCUUCGGCCGCGAGCACCAGCAUUUUUUUUUCGAGCGCCUGCUCGGAGACGAGACCGGUCCCUUGCGCUUCGUCUCCAGGUCGCACUUCGCGCUCGAGCCGGUCGAAGGCCCCCACGCCGGGACGGUCCAGCUGACCAACCUCAGCAGCAACCCGCUCCACGUGGCCGGGCGCCGGGUGGCCCAGAACGCUCAGGCGACCCUCCGCCCGCCGGUCGGCAUCGACUUCCUGGAGGGCGCCGGCGCGACCUCCCCAGACCUCCGAACUCUUCCUGAGGCUGCUGCUGGAGGAGCCCGAGCUGGACCACGACGCCCGCCCCUGAGGCGGCACCCGGCGCGGUCGCGCGCCCUCACCCCCAGGGGCGCGGCCUCGUCGGGCCCCGUGCCCGUUUGUUUUUCUUUCUGCUUCUCCAGGGGGGGGGGCUCAGGCCCGAUUCGACUCGACCUCGCUCUUCGGGCGACCCGCUGUGAUGUGGCCCGGGGCUCGCACGGCGACGCGGGGCGUCCUGCACGGCGCUGUUGGGCAUCCUGGCGCCGCCGCUGCGAUCCGAUUCCGGCUCCGUGCCGGUGCGGUCCGGUCCGCUGCGCGCUCCGGCCCGACCCGGUGUUCCGAUGUGCGGCGCUGAAUCCUGCUCCUCCUCUCCCCUCUACAUUUCCCGAGCCCGGAAUCGCUUCAGGCUGAGUCGGCCACUGGCCGCGCAGAAGGCAAACGCACACCGCUUAGGCUGGCCGACCCGAGCUCGCGCCGUCGCCAGACGCCAGCUGCCCAAC